UGUUUGUUACGUCGUAGAAAGUGACGAUUCGCUUUAAGAUGGAAGAUUUCUUUGAUGUGUUGAUGAAGAAAAUCAAAGAGGACGAUUUCUACACUCUGAUAGGAUGUGACGAGCUGGCAACUGCAGAGCAAAUUAAAACUGAGUUUCGACAAAAGGUGAAGCUACUUCAUCCAGACAAGAACCCUGGCGAUGAAAACACAGCGGAGUUGUUCCAAAGAUUGCAAAAUGCCCGUAAUAUUCUGUGCGACGAGGAAAGCAGGAAAAAGUAUGACUUUUGGCGCAAAUCAGGAAUAGCUGUACCUUAUGAUCAAUGGAUAGAGCUGAGUGGAGCAGCACAUUCAUCAUUACACUGGGCUGCCAAACCAAGAAAAGAACUCAUGCUUGACUACGGAAAAGUUGAAGAAAAUCCUCUUGACGAAUUCUUUGAUGGGAACCUUAAGGCAAAACACUUAGUGUCACCUAAUGAUGACAUUUUCAAAGUCACAAAGUUGCACAAGAGACAUGGAUGGGGUUCCAAGCAAGGGAGACAUAUCAGCAAGUUUAGAAGAUAUGAGAUAUAGGACAAAUUCACUCUCAAUAAUGUAAGUAGUUUGGACAAUCAGUACACCUGUUCAUAGAGGAAACUAGAAAGGGCUUGGUAUGAAUCAAUAGUUUGUGAAAUUCUGCAACACUGAGUAUGGGUUGGAUAAAAAAUUUUUGGCAGGAAACAGGAGAUUGUCAAUUCAUGGCUUUUUGUUCUAUCAGAAUUGUUUGAAAAUUUCAAGGUGGAUCAGGUUCCUCUACUGCAGAGCUUUAAAAAUUAUUUAGUAAGCUAAAUAGAAUAUCAUAGUACAGAAAGAGCCAUCUUACACUUUCUCUUCUUAAGUGGAACAUGAAAGUGAAUCUUGUCAAUGACUGAUUGUUCCCUUAUUUUUUUCAGGCUAAACAGUUUCAUGCCAUGUAUAUUGCCAACACUAAGUGACUUGUUCCAAGUCAUUCAAACUUUUACUUAAUUUUAAGACAGAUUUAUCUUUUUGUUGUGAAUUGUGUUUGCCUGUUUUGUUUUCUACAAUGUAUUUAUUAUAUCAUUCAGAGUUAAAAAUGUGAAUUCUUAAGAUUUAGAAGAUACUCAUAACUUUGUAAGUAAUGUUGUAACAUGAAGGAAAGAACUUGCAAGUCUUGAUCAGAAAUGCAAAAGACAUACAGAUUUACUAACACUCUGUAUAAUCAAUGAAAAUAAAUCUCAUUUAUGAAAGUUUCA